GCCUGAAGGAAAGGCUUUCACCUUGGUUUUAUUCAUACGAAAAUCCCCGUCUCCAGGGAAAAUCUUGAGGUUGAGGGAAAAGCUAUUCCCUUUUUCCUUUCCCUCGGGGAAAAGCAAAUGCCCAAAUUUUUAUUCAUCUAUAUUGGGGCAUUCUCCUCAAUUUUUUCGGAAAAAGGAUUUCCCUGGUUUUAUUCAUAUCACCCAUUGAUGUGCUUGGGCGCAUGGUUACCGCAGUCGGAGCACACGACUUUGAUGUAUUUGGGCGCAUGGUUACCGUUCAAGGAGCACGUGACUUUGAUGUACUUGGGCCCUUAGCGACGGUUUGUGCGCCACAUGACAUGCUUGGGAGGCAACUGGUUAAUAGUUAAUUAUUUCAACGUUGUUGAGGUUGGGUAAAUGUCGAUUCUUAUAGUUUUUUGGUCGCUGAUUUCGAAUCUGAGGUCAGUUUUUCGAUUGCGACAUCAUGGGAAGGGACACAGGGCCAAUUAAUUAUGUUAAAAUAACAUGUAAAAUUAUAAAGCUGCAAAUAUAAGGCUGGGUUUGGUAGUAAUUUAUGAAUAAAUUAAAAGUUGACAUAAAUUCAUGUAACUCUUGUCAAUCAGAGAGUGAAACGUUUGGGAACCCUUCACUACUGCCACUAUGUGAUAAUUUUUGUAAUAAUCUACAUGCCAACUGCAACUUCGUCUCUUCACAGUCUUCACGAUGCUUACUUCGACGAUGAAAAAACUUCAAUUUUCGAAAACCUUGGUACCUUUUGGAACCAGUGUGCACUCACAUCACAUCCCACGAAUUAAUUUUUUAACCAUGGAUACAAGAAUCAGUGCAGUUGUAAAUGUGAAAUCGGCUAUUUCGGCGUUCUGUUAGAAAUUUUUGUGCUUUAAUUACCGUUAGCGACGGGCCAAAUAAUUAGCACUUCAAAAAUGGAGGUUUUUGAGGCUAUCGAAGCAACUGUCGUAACCUUGUAUUCUGAUAAAUUGUCAAGCAAUCUUGAAUUGUGCCCACCUAUAAUUGUUCAAAAAUUUAAAUUGUCCUGCAAUUGUCCUACCUAUAGUGCCGAAGCGUGAGUGAGUGAGUGGCAAAUUUUUUGGCAAUCUGUCGCCGGAACAAAGACAAGAACGAGAUGGAUUGGCGUGGAAUGAAUUUUGCCCUGGACUACUUGGCGUCGACUGGAACGGUCUUUUCUGUUGAACAGAGAGUUGCUAUCCAAUCCUCACUGACAAUUCUUCAGCAAGACAACAAGUUCAAUUACGUCCACUUUUUGGGAAAAAUCUGUGGCACCGAGAGAGAUUAUUAUUUUGUGUGCGGAAUCGGAAAAGACUACAUCAAAGAUCGUGCAUAUUUUUACAGUAUCAACAUGGGGAUCGAUUGGGUCAUGUUACCCUUGCCGAAUGCUGGGAACAUAGAAUUGGGUCUCGCUUGUAGGGGUCAUUUCAUUGGAGAUCCUACGGCAGACAGUGAGACUGACAUUGUCCCAGAUAACCAGGAUGAAAUCAUGGAAGGGGAUGAUUGGGUGACAAUUAAGGAGGAAGAGCGUCUUGGAGCCACCAUUGCUGGGAUUAUGAACGAGGUGGCAAUUAUUCCCAGGGGUGCUCUAAUCAAAAGCGUAAAUGGCUUAGUUACUGAAAACAAACUCUUUGAAGGAGUGCCAAAAGUCAACGCAACCCAGUUUCACUCUUACUACCAUCUUCGCCGACCGGAAAACCCGUGGGACCGAAAUAUUGUGGUUCGUGCAGAUUACAAUUUAAGUUUGGAUUUCUUGGAUUCUAUCGCAUGUGACCUUCCGAUCGGUUGCUGGAGUUUACAGAUGGACAGUUUGGAAACCACGGUUUUUGCACGAUCCUUGUACUGGCCAGGAUUUGUCGCAUACCACGUAAUGGACACGCCACGCUACGGUUUCAUCUACAUCGGGACAGGGAAAAAGAAUUGGGACGUCCCCUUCAUGAUUCUUCCUCCACCAAGGGCUAUAAAAGCAUCUGUUGUUGAAGGUGGUGGGGACUAUCAAUUUGACAUGGGAAAAGAAACUGCAGAAAUGCCAGGAGAAGGUGGCGACUUUCCAUACGAGUCGGGUCCAGAUGGGAGGCCAUACGUUCCACAAGAGUUAAUGGAUGAAGAGGAGGAAGGAAACUGAACAGAAAUAAUAUAAUCAUAUCGUCUCAACCCAACUUUUUCAUGAUCAAUGAGAUGAAUCAUUUUAUUAAGAUAUUUUUGGGGUCAGUCAUAGAUUUUUUGCUAAUAUACUGACUUUAGCAACAUUCAGAACUGCUGGUUGGAAGAUACUGCUGGUAUUUAUUUUUUUUUGCAUGUUAAUAUUUUUCAUUCUCAUCAUCAACGAAUUAUUGGGCAGAUAAAAAGCCACA